GGAAGCAGCAGGUUUUCUGGUUUUCUGCUCCUGUUGCUGUUUUCUGACUCAGUACUGCCAUCGCUUGGAGGACAGAGCUCAAAAUGGCGCUGACCACUUUGUUUGUUGUGUGCGUGAGCGUCCUGCUCGGUUCCUCCCUCGGCUGCUCCCGGUGUUUCGUCAACCGUGAUGAUUUCCCCAUGAUGUGCCAGAAACACCGCCACGACGUCGGCCUGUGUGAGCGGAGAGUGGACCAGUUCUUCACUCACAACCAGAGGGUGAUUGAGGCUGGAAAAGUGGGGUGGGGCUACCACAGACGUCUGGGGGACAUCCUCAGACGAGAGAUUCUGCCCAUUGCGACGGACUUUAAGGACAACUUCCGAGGAGUGGCAGAGUUGGACAGAAGGCUGCAGACAGCAGCCGAAAACUUCAUCACAGCUGCUUCCAAACUGCCUAGAAAAACCGGAUGCGUCCCUCCUUGUGGUUACCAGAACCCAACGGCUGAGUACAGCUGUGCUCGCUGCCGGUACCAGUCCUGUGGGUUCCCUCUGGACUGUCCAGUCGAAAGUCUGCAAGUGAUGAAGAACCACAUGGCCGAGCUGUGGUGUGACGCCCCGUUCUCUAUACGCGGUGAGGUGGUGAGGAUCUGGAGUUUUGCAGCAAAGGUAAACACCACCAAUCUGGCGUCUUUUGAGGAGGUAACGGCGGGGGAGGACAGACUUUUUCAUUUCCCGUCUGUCGGACAGGAGCAUGAGGGGACGUACCGCUGCCAGGUCGUCGGAGAGGACGGGCCAGUUGUCAGCCUCUACUUUUACCUCACAGUGACCCCGUCCUCUCGUGAAGCGUACUUGCAAGAAGCCCGGGAAUUACAGGAGCUGUAUGAACAGAUUGUGCUGACAGGGGGCGAUGUGACAACCACCGGCUCCUCUGACCUGCCGCCGUCUCCUCUGCUGGUCACUGCGUGUCUGUCUGCAUUGUUCUUCCUGUUCCUCCUUUCCCUGUGGGCUCUCUACCUCACAGUCCGUCCACCUCAGGCCAGAAUUAAAUAUUAUUGUGUUCUGCGUCUUGCAGAACACGAUCCUGUUUGAUCCUGACCCAUGAAGCCUGUGUCUGACUCCUCCCACCACCAGAGGGCAGGACUGCAUUACUGGUAUUACACUGUGGCGUCCCUCAUGUUGAAGCAGCUGACUGGCACCCAGACUCACCCCGUGGUGCAGCUAUAGUGCUUACAGAAGUGUGCGCGCCCUUACCACAGCUCCACGUACGCUGCUGUUCUCAUUGGCCAAAUUGGGCUCCUCUGGUGACUGUGGACCAUCCCUUGUGGGACAGUGUCAGCACCUUUUCUGCAUGCAGCCAUCUGCAGAGAUGAAGACCAAGAACGUCCUGAAGAGUCGCUGCACAGAUGGUUUCGGCGUGAGACGGGGGGAUUACAUUUGUAUGUGUAUACUGCAAGAUGCAUCCAAAAUACAAGCGGAGGACAGACUAAAAUCCUCCACAAUAACAGAGAACUGAUCAAAAUGUUUGAUGUUGGAGAGUUAAAGUGUUUGCUUCACAACCUUGCAU